AGGACGCUCCGCCCCCGCCGCUGGAUCCGCCGCUGCUGCCGCGGCGGGCAAACCUGCAGGAGGAGGCGGCGGCGGCGGCGGCCGAGGCCGAGGGAAGAUGGCGGACGGCGUGGACCACAUAGACAUUUACGCGGAUGUGGGCGAAGAGUUCAACCAGGAAGCUGAAUAUGGUGGGCAUGAUCAAAUAGAUUUGUAUGAUGAUGUCAUCUCUCCAUCUGCAAAUAAUGGAGAUGCCCCAGAAGACCGGGAUUAUAUGGAUACUCUGCCACCAACUGUUGGUGAUGAUGUGGGGAAAGGAGCAGCACCAAAUGUAGUCUAUACAUAUACUGGAAAGAGAAUUGCAUUAUAUAUUGGAAAUCUAACAUGGUGGACAACAGAUGAAGACUUAACUGAAGCAGUUCAUUCUUUGGGAGUAAAUGAUAUUUUGGAGAUAAAAUUUUUUGAAAAUCGGGCAAAUGGCCAGUCAAAGGGGUUUGCCCUUGUUGGUGUUGGAUCUGAAGCAUCCUCAAAAAAGUUGAUGGAUCUGUUGCCUAAAAGAGAACUUCAUGGUCAGAAUCCUGUUGUAACUCCAUGCAAUAAACAGUUCCUGAGUCAAUUUGAAAUGCAGUCCAGGAAAACUACACAAUCAGGACAAAUGUCUGGGGAAGGUAAAGCUGGUCCUCCAGGAGGCAGUUCACGUGCAGCAUUUCCACAAGGUGGUAGAGGACGGGGCCGUUUUCCAGGGGCUGUCCCAGGUGGGGACAGAUUUCCUGGACCAGCAGGACCAGGAGGGCCACCCCCACCUUUUCCAGGAAAUUUGAUCAAGCAUCUUGUUAAAGGAACUCGGCCUUUGUUCCUGGAAACUAGGAUUCCAUGGCAUAUGGGGCACAGCAUAGAGGAAAUACCCAUUUUUGGCCUAAAAGCUGGACAGACUCCACCACGUCCACCCUUAGGUCCUCCAGGCCCACCUGGUCCACCAGGUCCUCCACCUCCUGGUCAGGUUCUGCCUCCUCCUUUAGCUGGGCCUCCUAAUCGAGGAGAUCGCCCUCCACCACCAGUUCUUUUCCCUGGACAACCUUUUGGGCAACCUCCAUUGGGUCCGCUUCCUCCUGGCCCUCCACCUCCAGUUCCAGGCUACGGCCCACCUCCUGGUCCACCACCUCCACAACAGGGACCACCUCCACCUCCAGGCCCCUUUCCACCUCGCCCACCGGGCCCUCUUGGGCCACCCCUUACACUUGCUCCUCCUCCGCAUCUUCCUGGACCACCUCCAGGUGCCCCACCACCAGCUCCACAUGUGAACCCGGCUUUCUUUCCUCCACCAACUAACAGCGGCAUGCCUACAUCAGAUAGCCGGGGUCCACCACCAACAGAUCCCUAUGGCCGACCUCCACCAUAUGAUAGGGGUGACUAUGGGCCACCUGGAAGGGAAAUGGAUACUGCAAGAACACCAUUGAGUGAAGCUGAGUUUGAAGAAAUCAUGAAUAGAAAUAGGGCAAUCUCAAGCAGUGCUAUUUCAAGAGCUGUGUCUGAUGCAAGCGCUGGUGAUUAUGGGAGUGCUAUUGAGACAUUGGUAACUGCAAUUUCUUUAAUUAAACAGUCCAAAGUAUCUGCUGAUGAUCGUUGCAAAGUUCUUAUUAGCUCUUUGCAAGAUUGCCUUCAUGGAAUUGAAUCCAAGUCUUAUGGUUCUGGAUCAAGAAGACGUGAACGAUCAAGAGAGAGGGACCAUAGUAGAUCACGAGAAAAGAGUCGGCGUCAUAAAUCCCGUAGUAGAGAUCGUCAUGAUGAUUAUUAUAGAGAGAGAAGCAGAGAACGAGAGAGACAUCGGGACCGGGACCGGGACCGAGACCGAGAACGUGACCGAGAGCGCGAGUAUCGUCAUCGUUAGAAGCUGAAGGAAGAGGAACACCUUCCAAGACAGUCUUCAUGGGGGAAAAUGAUGCUUGUCCAGCAGUUUGCUUCUUGUGAUUGAACUGAACCUGUAAGGAUUCAUGGAUAAAAUGAACAGGAAUAGAUCUGAAUAAAGCAAAUCUGCAUAAAUGGUAACCAGUAGCUCUACUUUUAUUUUUUAUGUUGCUUAACUGUUCUAUUUGAAGGAAACCUGUGUGAUUUAAAAAGUUAUAGCUUUUGCAACUUUAUUACUGGUUAUAUACAUUUGACCAUUAUAAUGUGCAAGCAAUUGGAACAAAAUGUCAAGUAAAUGCUUGUUUUUAUAGUAGUUUGUUCUUGUUAAAAAUGUUCAUAUGAUAAUGUCUGUAAACAGCACCACUUUGAUUACAAUAGAUGUAGUGUUGUAAUAAACUGUUUAAUGGGGCUGAUGUGUAAAGCUGUUCAAGUUAUUUGAUGUUUACACCUCAGGGAAAGUCUUGUGUUCAGCAAUAUCUAAAUGAUAAUGUUACUCUGACAUUUAUACUGUCCUUUAAAAAAGCAUUGCAAUAGCAUUUUUGGAUAUGCAUCAAUCUAUAUAAUCUUGGCGUUCAGUGAAUUAAACAUACUAUAAGUAUCUCUUGCCCUUGAUUUUGAUAUUAGAAUAGGUGAUAACAUGGAUAUUUACUAUUUCUAUAUUCUGCUUUUCUAGCUGUUUUUACCUAGUUAGCUUGUGAUUUUGCUGAAUGGUAUGUUAUCUUGUAAAAACUGAAAUUUCAUGGACAUAGCAAUCCAGUCAAUGUGUUAGGGGUCAAAAUUCUGUGGUUUUAACACUUUAGUAAAAACCCAUACUUUAUUUGCUAUAGUGAUGCAGCUUAAUUAUAACACAGAUGUACUGAAACGCUUAAUUGUAAACUGCUAGCAUUGAAGAAAUAUUUUGACAAUUCUGAUUUGAUGCGGCAGUUAUUUGCUGUUUUAUAUUGAUCAUGCUUAUGGUUUAUUUUUGAAGCCAUGGGCAGUGUAAAUACAGCCGUGAAGCAGACAAAUGUGAGUAAAGACAGCCUUAGAUUUAUUUUCCGGUUAUUAUAGAUUUCUGAAAGGUGUGAUGUUUAUUAUCAGGUUAUAUUCUCCUGUGUGUGUAAUGGGAGAGUAUAGGUGUACUCUAUCUCCACACUUUAGGAAUUUUUUGUAUGUUCACCAACCGAUUGAUUCAUGCUAGAGUUACUUAAAAGGUUUUUUUCAAACCUGCCUUGCAUAUAGGUCCACAUUAAAAGCACCUGGCUAGCAUGUGUUGUUAAUCACAAAAUCAGCAUAGGCAGAGCCUCAACUUGAUUAGAAAUUUUUACAGGAAAGUCAUUCGGAAUCACUGUUUCAGAAAUUUGAGGUAAAAAUCCUUCAACAAGUUAAUUUGUUUUUAAUGUUUUUAAGAUCUGAUUAUCUGUGAGAUAACUUCUGGUAACACAUAUAGGCUUUUGAAAAGUAUGGCCGAAUUAUAGGACAAUGCUUAAAGUAUUUAAGCACCCCAGAUAUUAAUGUCAUGUUCAACUGUGGAAGCCCUCCAGAGACCUACACUGCAGCGCUUCACUUUCAUCUUGUGUACUCUCACACUAAUUACAAAAUUAGCUGCUUUAAAUCAUCCAUAUUAUUGACAGUUUUGUUUUUCAAAUGUUUUGUGACUAGAGUGUGCACGGGAUCGUUGGUGUUUAUCAGAACUAUUUGCUCUCAUAUUUUUUAACUGUUCUGUCUUGUUGAAAAUGCAGUUGCUUUUUUAACAUUAUUUGAGAGUUGUAUCAAAAUGAGUCUUCUUGUUUUGUGCAUAGGUGUUGUUUUUGUCAUUUCUUAGCUUUUUAAUACUUUGAUUACAAUGCCCUAAUGUGAAGAAGUAUGGACAUAAAUACAUUACAAGGGAAAUUAGUUAAUAGUAAGCUUAAAAGGUAAGUAAAUGUCCAUGAGAAUAAAUUUUUCUCUGAAUAAUUUUAAAAUGGAAUCAUAAAAAUCUGAGCUUGAACUUGAAAUGAAGCUGGAAAUUUUGUACUAAUUAAAUCCUUUACCUUUUCAUUUUUUAUCAGUGGGACUCCUUAAUUGCUCAUUCUAUAUCACUCUUCUCCCUAGCUGGCUGAUCUCAUUACAUGAUUUUUGUUGAAGACAAUGUGAGUGUACUAGAAUUGUUUGCUGCUAGUCCAUUAUUUUUAAAUGUUGUCAGAAGUAAUUUUUCUGUUUGACCUAUUUUUGCAGUCUUUCUCUACCUGGUAACAUGAAUGUAGGGUGGUAAAGGUGAAAAUUGCAAGCCUUAUUUUAUUCUUCAUACCCCUUCUGUCAUUUAUGGACUGAUGUUUUUUGAAAACUUUUUUUUUUAAUGUGUAAAAACAAUCCAAAGAAAUAACUCUUUACACAGACACCAAAAAGAGAAAGAAAAGAGUUCCAGAGACAUUUUCAUUUCUUAAAAUAAUAAUAAUAAUAAUAAUUGUAGUAGUGGAUAUAAAAGCCAAUGAGUUUUAAUUUUAAACCAUAGCAUUUUUUAGUGCUUUGCAGUCACAUUUUUUUCAGCUAUUAAAGUUAGGAAUGAUUUAUACAGCACCUGAGUGGUAUUGCUUCUGAAGCGACAUUUUGAUGUGCUGGUUUUAGUUAAAGGACAUAUUUGUGGAAGAGAUAUUUCACUGUAAAUUUGGAAAUGCUUAUUUUGUUGAUUUUCGUAAGAGUUGGAGUUAAGUUGCAGUGGCUGUUGAUCAUAGUUUAGCUGCUUAAUGGCCCCUUACCUAGAACAUUCUUAAGUAGUUAAAUACAAUUUGGAGUUCACAAAUAACUUAGUGAAUUAUAGCAUAAGGUAUUAUUUUCAUUUAAUUCUCCCGUGGAGAAUAUUCCUUUGUUUUUUACUAGUUUAAGGUCAGUUCUUAAACAUGGAGGUUUUAAUAAUUGUAUAACAUUUUAUAGUAAAAGGGGGAAAUUGUUAGAAGGGUAAAGACUCUUUCCCUGUGUAUUUAAGUGUGCCAAUAACCUACAUACAUAAGGCUUUAUACAAUGAGAUGCUACUGCAAGGCUUUCUGUUGGCAUACUUUCAGCAUUUUGGUUUUCAUACCUGAAUGACCAUUGCAUUUUUCUGUAUCUUUUUCUGUAUCUUCUUAAGAUGCUCCAAUUUUGUGUUUUAAGCUUUAGCUUGCAUUAAGGGGGAGUUUACAUUCUCAUUCUUUACUGAGAAUACAGUAUUGAGAUUCUUGCUGUUUUACAGAAAACUGCCUUUUGAAUUUUAUUAAGAUCAUUUGCAUCCCAUGGCCAUCUGUAAAUUUUUCCUGCAGUUGUAUUUCAGUGCACGCUUAUCAUUUGUACAUAUUAGACAUUUUUGUGCUAAAAUAUAUUAAGUGAGAUUUUUGUAGCAAAGCAUCCUAUUUUUCUGUUCUGUGUGUGUGUGUGUGUGUGUGUGUGUGUGUGUGUGUGUGUGUGUGUGUAUGUUCGUGUUACUUCACUUUAACCUUCAGUUGAAACACUGGAGUAUUUAAUUUUUUAGCAACUUGACUCCUAGAAGCCUUAGACUAAUUUUUUAAAGAAAUAUUCAACCAAAAAGUAUAAAUUUAUUAAGAUGUGGCCUUACAUAUAGCAUUCCUUGUGUUUAUAAUGUGAUAUUUUUGGAGAAAUCAAGAGGAUUAAAAUUUCAUUGUAAGUUGAAAUAGAAAAUGUGCUAAAAUGUCUAGGCUUCUGGGAGGAAGUUCUUGUACUCUUCUUUCUUGGCAUUAGAAAGAAGCAGUAUGAAUUAUUAAUAUUCAGAAUAUUGAGGCAGUUGUGUCCUGUUCAGAUUGAUUAAUUGUCUUAACCAAUGUUUCUUUAAAGUUUCAGGUUGUUGGCAUUAACUCUGAGUGUGCAGCUCCUAUGUUUUUUGUAUGGGACGUAUAAAUACUUGUUUAGGUAUAGACAGUUUAAUGUUUUAAAGACUUCUUGAUACAUUAAUUAACAUUAUAAUGGGAGUCUUUUGAAAUGGUAGGUAUAGUUUAAUUGAAGUCACACAAAUAAAUCUUGAAAUGGUAUCUGCAGAUAGUAAAUAUUAUGGAAAGUUUUUCAUGUGAGAGUAUCUUAAAACUCCACCAUGUGUGCAGAUGUUCUACAUGAAUUUCAUAAUUGGAUAGACCCUGCAUUUAGUAAAAGCAUUUCAUUUUGAAGUUGUGUUCUUUCUGUUGCACUGUUACUGGGUAACACUUCUCAGCAUUCUGUAAGUUAAAUAAUUUUAAAAUACAAUGGUGAAUUCGUGUUUAUUUUUUUACUUUGAAAAUUGUAGUACUCAGGUGGUAUUUAAUGGGAAAGGAUCCUUUGGGGUUAAUCAUAAUGUAUUCUAAGGAAUGCAUCUAUAACAUUGGUGACUUUAGCCUUAAAAAAAAAGUUAUAUUCUUAUUAUUCCUUACCCUUCAUCCCAUGGUAUAUUAGCAAAGUAGUUUACAGCCUUGUACAGCCUUACAAAGUUGUUUUACAAUUUUUAAUGGAAAGCCCUUAACAAAAAGAAACUGUAUCAUAUUACCAGUAUCCAUGAAUUACUGAAUCGUUUGUAAAUAAUUUGUCUAAUACCAGACGGCCAAAGAAAGUCUUAAAACUAGCUAUUGACUCUGUGGUGACUUCACAAUAAGAUACCUGUGCAAAAGGUAAGGUGAUAUUUGAUCAAAUAGACAUCUUUUUGGUGUCCAUGGCAACUAGACUUCCAUAUUAGCUUCUAUUAAAAAGCUCAUUCCAUUUUAUUAAAAUGUUUGUAUUGCAAUUUUGUGUUUAAAUGUUUACUUUCUGUCUUUUCUUUCUUUAGCAUUUAGGUGACUGUUGAGCAGUUUGCUAUACUGGCCACUGUUGGCCUUAAACUGCACUAGUAACAAGCAUGGUAUUUAUCUUGUAUUGAAAAUAAAACACAGUUUUGAUAAUA